UUAAUUGAAUUUUAGACCGCAAAAAGUGGCAAAGAAUUAAAUAGUUAACUGAAGUUUAAACAUAAUGAACAUAAAUUAAGAUAUAGGAAAAUACAUUUACUACCCCUCCCAUUCUGAAAUAUAUAACUCAAUCAGUGCGAGUGAAAUUCCAUUAGCCGAAAAACCAUUCAAAAUUCCAAGAAUCCCAGCAACCUCCCAAAAAAAACCACCAAGGCUAACAAAUCUGUAGGUUAGGGAAUGGGAAAGCCAAGCGGAUUUCAGAUCAAGAGGCGGUGUGGAAGACGGAUAACAGAUUCAGGUGGAUGGCCACCAUGGCAAAUGUCGAAGCGAAUUUUUGCACAAUGCAAACAUAAUGAGUUUGGGGAAAUGCAAAUAAUUCGCAAUGGAAAUCAUUAUUGAGCACUGAACCAGACGACAAGCGCAGAGCGCUUAGAAAAUGGCCAAAUAGAAAGGUUGCCAGGCUUGGGCUUCGCUACACAGUGGUCAUCAUGAUGGCGGGUACGGAACAAGAGGAGUUGAAGUUUUUCCUAUUCACUACGGCUGCAUUGGCAUGGCUUCUCCCCAUGGACUUCGGUGCAGCACCGAAAAUGGAAAAUGGAAAGGAAAAUGUUUAAGAGCCAGUCCAGUUUUCCCAAUGCACGGAAAGAUAUUGAAGUAAAUUCUUCUUUUAUUAAGAAAGUAACUUAAUUUUUGCAUAUUUUCUUAGGUAACACUUUUUCGCUCAGUGUAAUCAUAGGCAGUAAUGGGCGGCGGCAGCUCGUUGAGUGGGUGAGAGCCAGGCGAUAAUCGUUAAGCGAUUUCGCUUCCUUUUUCGUUUGUUUAAUGAAGUGUUUAAAAUUUACGAUUCAAGCUAAAUUUAUUGCACUCCGAGUAGAUAUCGAAAGGAAGUCCGUGUCCAGACGGGCCAACCCCACAAAAAAAAAAUGAAAAAUCUCAGAAGAGAAGAAGAAGACGGGAAAGGAAUCCCCUUUGAUGGCUGCUCGGGGAAUCAAUCUCACAUGAGCUCCAGAGAAAAAAAAAAGGGGAGUGUGUGUGUGGGUUGAAAUGGUAUCCUUGCUGAUUGGAUGACACGAAAUAAAAACGUUGCACACAACGAAAUUGUUAAUAGCACUGUACUCGGUGUUUGCUCUCCCUCUCUCUCUUUUGCUCUUUCUAUAUAUUUUUACCCGAAAACCCACUCGUUUGGUAAGCCAAUUACGUGGAUACCACACAGCGACAGGAGCAAAAACAAAAGGACAAUAAAGGGCUCGCUCGUAAAUGCCAUCAAAGCAGCUUAGCUAAGCAGAGUGACUCUGACUUCGACGACGAGGUUCCCCAGUUGAUGAUGGCUGAUACCUUCUCAACGUUACGUUACGUAUACGCUGCUUUGGUUUUCAAUAAACCGCACGCUACACACACACACACACACACACUGAUAGCAGCGGAAAAUAAACCAAACUUGAUGGCAGCACAAAAAUUCUUUGCAUACUUUUCCGGGACCCACUCAAGUGGCAAGCAACAAAACCAGAAAAAAAAACAAGAACUUGAUGAGCUUUCCAAUUACAUUUAGCUUUUGUGCCUGUGUUAACUGUCUCUUCUGUUGGCCGGAUAAGAAAUUAACUGCCAUUCUCGUAAAAACCAAAAACAACAAAAAUGGCCCUCAACUGAUUUCCACUGCUGACUUGGCUCGAGCACAAUAAAAAUUAUCAUAAGUUUGCCAUCCUCCCAUGUGAGUGAGCCACCGCCCCUCCCUCUCUCUAUUGCCCAAGCAGAGCAGCAGAAGUAAACGCAAUUUGUGUAAUGAAAGUAGAGUGGGUUUUUCCAAUGUGGUUUUGUUAGGUGCUCUUAGGCCAGAUCAAAUCUUUCAGCAGGUGAGUCAGAGUCAAUUGAUGAAAGGAGCGGCUAAUGAAAGGUUGGUUAAGUGCUGAGAUAAGUGAUUUUUAUAGAAUGGAAGUGGUUAGGUUUAUACAGGAAAACCAUGAGGUACAAAUUAAGUUGGAAAGGUUCAUUCAUUGGUAGGUUAGUUCACUUUUUUGUUUCAACGAAAAGCUAUGUUAUAUAAGAAACCGUGAAAGCUAAUCAUAGACACCUUUCAACUUAGUUAACUGCCUGUCACAACCUUCAGAAAUGCCUUUCAUCAGUAACUACCAACGAUAGGCAAACGAACAAUCGGAACUUCUACAAAUUAUUUGUAAUAAACUAAAAAGUUUAUUUCGUUUCAAAAUCCUUGUAAAAUGGCCAAUCGCAUGAAAGGAGGAGCCUGCUGUCCUUCAGGAUAUCCCUGUGGGUGUCCGCCUGCCUGUCCACCUGCCCCCUGUGCACCCUGUGAUGCACCCCUGGUUCGUUUGGACAAACUAUGGCCGGAGCCCUAUAAUCCCUGCUCCUUUAAGAACUGCCUGAUCUUCGGUGGCCAUGAUGAGCCCUACUUCAGACCCUUUGAUCCCAAGGAGUGUGCCCGAAUGCGACGCAGUGACAUCGACCGGUCCUUGGGUUAUCCCAUAGGAGUAGUCUGUGGUACAAUACCCGUCAAGGGGGGUAUUCCAAACCAGGAGAGCGUUCGUUUUGCGGGAAAUCUAAAAGCCUUUGCUCAUUCCUAUUACACGCGGCGUGAUGAAUGGAAACCGGAGAUGAUCGACAUGGUAGUGAACGAGGGUCAGGUUUUGUACAAUGAUUCCGAGAAUAUGCCGAUGCCCAAUCCGGUAGAAUCUCCUGAUAUUUACGAUGAGAAUGAGCAGAAGGUGACGCGUCACUUUAAGAUAAACGAGAUUGAGUUUGCCAUGGAAUUGGAGGCGCCCUUUGAGAUCUAUGGUUAUCCUGGCAUUAUACAGAAUCUCCGAAGAAUCCUAAGAGCCUUUUUCAAGAAGUCAAAGUAUGGCGUCUUCUAUACACCUGAUUGGUAUCUACUGAUUUGGAAGGAGAAAGGUGUUUGGAUGGUAAUGGAUCUGAAUGGCAGGGACAAGAGCACCAUGAGGCCAAACUAUGAAGAGGGCUUUCCCUUGCUGUUGUGCCUCAAGUCUUUGGACAAUGUGAUCUGGCUGAUCAAGAAGGAGAGUGAUCUGGAGAAGACGGCUAAGUUUACCAUUAGGGAGAUUCUCGUGGUUCGCCUGGCCACGCCGGGAAGCACAGGACAAAGUUGGGAACGGGAAUAUGGCAUGCGUAUGAGCCAGUUCGAUGUUAUAGCCUCGGACUAUGCGUAUCUCAAGUCGAAUUUACAUCUCACUCUUAACUCCAAGGAUGCUCUGAGGAAUCGUAGUGCACUACCAGUGGCUGUGGCUACGGCUUUAGCCUCCAAAAUCGACCAUCCAGCCACUUGGAAUAUGAAAAUGUACGACAAGGUCAUGUGCUAUGGCGUUAAUAUGUGCAAAAACUGCUGGGAACCCUGCACGGAUCUUAAUAAGCCCAUGGAUCUUGACGAUUUUCCACGACAGAUACGCAUGGGUCAGUUUGUGGCCGAGAUUAUGCUGACACCAAAUGUCUACGAGGGCUGGUGGAAAUGUGUGCCAAUGUACAAGUUCAAUGAUUUCCAUUUGAUGCUGGAAAAGGCUCUCGAUCAGAAUGAUUAUAUCAUCUUCCAGAUCAACAAUCAAAUGUAUUCGCUGUGGAAGAAGUCGAACUUCAUCUAUCUAAUGGAUCCCUAUCGUCAUAACAUUGUGGGUCGCAUUCUGGAAGAGGGCGAGGAUCCGAAAAGUGCCUCCGUUCGAAUGUUUGGCAAUAUGGAUCGCCUCUUGAGUGUCUUUCAUCAGAUUCUUUUGGAAUCUAAUCGAUCUGCCAUAUUCCAUAUUCAUACUCUCAGGAUAAGAAACAUCACGGAAUGUCCACCGGGCACAGCUCCUGCUCUACUGCCUCCUGAUGAGGAUGUCGAGGUUAGAUCUCUCAAUGAGAACAUUCGCUUUGAGGAGAACUACGACAAGUGUCUGGAAGAGCUGGGCGAGAUUAGUGACUUUGAGGAGGAUCUGGUCUCGGAGAUCGAACCCAUUGUGGAGAUCAGUUCUUCGGAGGAGAUGGUGGAAGAGGAGGAAGGCGGUGGCGGUGGUGUUGUCGAAGGAGGCGAAGGCGAAGACGAUGAUGAUUAGCUUUGAGGAACUUUCUUUGAUUAGGCCAUGGAUUCAACAAAUUCUUGUCAUACUUUUUUACUUUCUACAAAAUCUUGGAUUUAUGUCUUAAAUAUUUCAUUCACUGAUCAAAUUUUAAUAUAUAAAUUAAGAGUUAAAUUAGAAACCUAAA